ACCGGUUGUACGACUCGCAAAUAGGCCAACCACCCAGGAAGCUAUCGAUCUAGAAGACUAAACCCUGGGGACGUCAUAUCCUUAACAGCCUGCAUGAUUUACAUACUUGGCACCGUUAUGGCCUACUCUGGUCCCCUUGCCACCGGGCCCCACAUGCAUUUGAUGCAUGGGUAUGGUCGUAAAUGGAUACCAAGGCUAUGUGAAACUGCCAAGAAAAGCACCGAUAAACACGGUUAUGGCCAACGUGUCAGAAGUACACAGCUACCGGUCGGUCUGCCCCAUAGAACCACGGCAUAUUGGUAGCACCACUGUGUCUGUUUGCUUUGGUCUUAUUUACCUUGUUGUCAUUGGUAGCUAUCUGCGUGUGUACAGAAUGGCACUGUGCCGUGGAGGACUUGCUCGUCAUAUACCCGCGCCGCAUCCACCGCACAUGCGAUGCUGGCUGCGCCAUUGGAUCCUCGGUGUAAUAACGCAAGUGUGGCGAGUUAGCUUACGGAAUCAAACACACGUGACACUCCUCCCGUUUGGGAAACUCGAGCCCAGACGUACUGGGGGGGGGGAGGCACGGAAGCCUAACAGGCCAAUUUAAGCGGAACGCCAGAUUUUAAAUUUACUCCCUACGUGUUCCGGGGGGGUUUUUAGGCUUCGCCUUCGUGAGCGACAGGCCUCUCGCUCACCCAAUAAUAGGGUCAGAUUCACUUAAACCCCGAAUAAAGAUCAGGGAGCCCGACGAA